UUCAUUUUGACACGUAGCCCCGCCUCUUGUGUCUCGAAUCGCGCUUUCCYAUUGGCUACUGUAAGCGUUCUGGCGUUGCCAUUGGCCGCUCGAGCUGGUUGUCAAGGCUCGGGGGCUUCAUUCACCAUUUUGCGACAGUAGAGUAGAAUGUACCGAGGCAGUAGUUUUUUUUUCUACUCCCCCCUCCUCCUUUUAAGUUGCUUCGCCGGAGAAACAUGACCGGUCGCUAACGGGGAGCCGCGGACGGCAGGCCACCGUGCCCUACUUUACCCGGCGGAGCGAGCGGAGGAACAUCCCGCGGGGGGCUUCUCUGUUAGCUCCGAGUCUCAGGAAUAAGGUGGGCAAGCGCUGAAGUCGUGCAACCAAAGACGAGGCAGGAUGAGAAAGAAGAGGCCCUGACAGAGGACAAAAAAUCUAGGCAGGAAGUGGGAAAAACAAAACGAGGGACGUCAAGGACAUUCUCUGGGAUUAAUAAAUAAAUAAAUAAGGGAUUGUUUGUAUAAAAAAACGAAAAGAUGAAGCCGAUAAAAAAGCAGGGCCGGCGCUCUCCUCAGUCCACCCGGGUCAAAGGGGGGAAGCGUCGGGGUGCCGGGGACGCCUCUGAAGGAGGAGAGAAGAGGGACUCGGAUGAGAACAGAGACAGAAGCAGGUCCCCUCAAAACCGAACGCCGCCCUCUUCCUUUUCAUCCGGUUCGCACUCGGAGUCCUCCCAGGCUGGUUCAGUGAGGCUGAGGGACGCGUCGGACGGCGAGGGGCUGCCUGAGACGAUGGUUGGGAUGGACUCCGGGAAGCUGUUGGCAUCCUCCGACGAUCGGUCCAGGAGGUCGGCCCAGAGCGGCGGCAGCACCACCAGCCACUUCGACAGCGGCGGCAGCAGCUGCAGCAACAGCAGCACGCCGAGCGCCAACAACAGUCCGAACCCCGCCUCCAGCCGCAAAACGGCCACCUUCAAGGCCCGGGUUCCCAAGAAGAAGUACACCUCGGAACACUGCUCAGCCAAUCACAGCAACCCCACAUCCAGCACCCCGCCCCCUCCGUCUCUGACCGGGGUCCUCCACCAGGCGUCAGCCAGCUCAGGAGGCGAAGCCAGCAUCUCACACUCUGAAGGUCCUCAGGGUUCUUCAGGACCCCCGACCCUUCCCCUCAGAGGCGAGCAGCCAGGUGAAGGGUCGAUGGACACGGAGCGAGUGGCCCCCAGCCCCUUACCUCGCUGCUCCUCGACAGACACGGCCUCCGAGCACUCGGCGGACCUUGAAGUCGUCGGCGAUGCUGUGUCACAGACGUCCACACGCCUGGCGCCCAGCCUGUCAGAUGCGCUGUCGGACACCUUAGCCAAAGGGUUGAAAAACCAGCGUAUCCUCGCCCGCCAGCUCAGGAGACCCAGUUCUGAGGAGGAAGGAGGUGAAAUGAGAGACGAGUGGAAGAGCUCGGGGUCUGUGUUCCGGGCCGGGGUGGUCCGGAAGGUCAGCGGCGAGUUUGGGUGUCUGGAGGUUCAGCUGAACGGGGAGAAGACGCUGUGCCGUUAUCCUUAUCGACACGACAGUCCCCCGGGGGUGGUGGACAUCAUCCUGGACGCACAGCCACCAGGCGUCCACACGAUACCCACUGGCACCCGUGUCUGCGUACCCUUCGGCAACGAUGACGGCGUGGAGGGCCAAUGGCAGUGGUACCGGGAGGGAGUGGUGACCGAGGUGGACACGCACCCAGCAGUGGCCAAUCGCUACCGCGUCCUGUUUUCUGAGGGACCGCCUCACUCUGUGGACGACGAGGACAGCAGAGGCUCCACCCAGGCCAUUUGGGUCUCUCGACAAACACUCAGGCUCUUGGUUCCACCGUGGGACCUGGAUUUGCCCUCGGGCGGUGGUCACGAAGGAGGAGAGGGAGUCCGAGAGAAGGAGGAGAAGCACGAAGAGAGGGAGGAGAUCGACGUGGAGCAGGAGGUGUGUCGCCUGAGUCGAGGAAUGACCCCCGGCGUGGGCUCGGUGUUCAGGAGGGGCAUGCUGUACCCGGGCAUCGUCCCGGUUUCCACAACGGGCCACGGCAUCACCUCCCCCAUCACUCCCACACCCGUGCUCAGCCUGGCUCAUGGCAGAGAGUGGGAGCUCGACAAGGACUUGGAGAGGGAGCUUCAGGGGGGGCACAGGAAACAAGAGAACACUGCGAAACAUCCGCCGCACCACCCGUACAUGCCGCUCACCCCCGAGGAGGACAUGGAGGUGUCCCACUUCAACAUGGUCUCAAUGGGGACGCUCAUACCUGGUGCCAAACCCUUGGCCGUUUCCCAACAUCGUCCGAUAGUCUCUAAGCCGCCGUCUGGCUACAUCAACUCCCACCUUCCUGUGGUGCGGAACAUCGGGAUCCCCUCCCACCUGGCCCUGAACCACCCCCCUCCUUCAAAUGUCCUGUUGGGUCUGGACGCCACAAGUGCUGCCCCCGGCGCUGUCAUCACUGCCCAGCAGAUCCCCCCUCUUUCCCAAAUCCCCUCCUCCGCCAACUCCUCCAGAGUGGAGAAAGCCUCCGGAGGGGGUUCUGCCAGUGGUGGAGGCGGGUCUGGAUCUGGCUCCACCUCCUCCUCUUCCUCACGCUCCCGCACGCCGCUCACCGCCGCCCAGCAGAAGUACAAGAAGGGGGACGUGGUGUGCACGCCGACGGGCAUUCGAAAGAAGUUCAACGGGAAGCAGUGGAGGAGGCUGUGCUCCCGAGACGGGUGCUCCAAAGAGUCCCAGCGGAGGGGGUACUGCUCCCGCCACCUGUCCAUGAGGACCAAGGAAAUGGAGGCCAGCAGCAGCGGGCGGGAGCGCAGCGGGGCCAGCAGCACAGGGACUCUGACGCCGUCCGACCUGAGGAUGAGCGGCGGGCGAGCCAGCUCGGAGUUCGAGUGGGACGAGACGUCACGGGAAAGCAGCGAGGCCAGCAGCCGGGGGGGAGACUCCCGCCCCCGUUUGGUCCUCCCUUCCCUGCUCCCCCAGGAGUUCAACUUCGACGAGUGCGAGGCGGCCACCAUGCUGGUCUCCCUGGGGGGCUCUCGCUCUGGCACGCCGUCGUUCUCCCCCAUUUCGAACCAGUCGCCGUUCUCGUCGCCCUCGCCCUCCCCUCUGUUCGGCUUCCGGCCCGCCAACUUCAGUCCCAUCACUGCUCCCGCCUCGCUGACGCCGCGCCGCCAUCGGCAGCUCAGUGGCACUAAGAUGAGUACGCCAGGUUCUGAGAGAGAGCGCCACCAUUCGGGAAUCGUGCCGACUUUUCAGAACAACCUCACCUUCACAGUCCCCAUGAGCCCCAGCAAGAGGAAGCUGGAAACCCACCCGCCCCCUCCCCUGCCUGCUGUUCAGGACUACCAGACCAAACAGGACCAACAGAUGGGUGUAGGUGGCGCCAUCAUGGGGGACCCUGCCUUCAGAGUCCUCUCCCCUCAGAGUCAGUCUUCGCUGUCCUUCCCACGUCCUCGCAGCGCCACCAGCAGGCCCUCCUCCUCCGCUGCCUCCACGCCGCCGCCCAUGCUGGUCUCCCCGACCCCUCCCUCCCCGCUGCCUCAGGAACCCUCCCCCCGCCGCAUCGUCCCCCUCCGCGACUCCCCGGUCAUCGUCCGCAACCCCGACGUCCCCCUGGCCAAGUUCUCUGACGGCCCGUUGGCGAGAAGAGACAGGAGCAGGUCGCGGGACCAGAACCAGCCGCAGCACCCGGUUCCACCAGGCCUGCAGGCCCCCGUCCCCAUCAACGGGGCCACCACCAAUGGGGCGGUGCUCCUGCGGAACCCCACGUCCAAUCUGGUCCUAGUCACCUCCAGCUCGGUGAGAAACUUAACGAUGGGUUUCUGUGUGCAGUCGCAGGAAACUGGAGCUACAGAAAUGAUAUUUAAUUUUUUUAUAUCUGUUUCUGGUCUUUUUCCCACAGUCUGGACCAACGUGGAGCCUCGCUCAGUGCCAGUGUUCCCCUGGCAUUCGCUCGUCCCCUUCCUGGAGCCCAGCCAAUCAGGAGCCGCCGCCCAGCCCGCUGACGGCCAGCAGCUCGUCAAUCAGAGCAAAGAGCCUCGCUGUGCCGUAGCGCUGGUGAGCGACGGGCGGGCAAACCCUCCAGACCCCGACAGGAGCUCGCCGUCCUGCCCGCCCUCGACCAAUGACAAUCCUCCUGCAGAAAGGGGCGGGGCUGACAGCGAGACAGAGAGCGAUACAGACGACCCAUUUUCGCCCGGCAUGGCCAACGAGCCGUCCCCGUCCACCGGACCCAUGAAGAGACGCACGCAGUCGCUCAGCGCCCUGCCGAAGGACGGAGACAGGAAGAGGGAAAAGGACCACAUCCGUCGACCCAUGAACGCCUUCAUGAUCUUCAGCAAACGCCACCGGGCCCUGGUGCACCAGCGACACCCCAACCAGGACAACCGGACCGUCAGUAAGAUCCUGGGGGAGUGGUGGUACGCGCUGGGCCCCAACGAGAAGCAGCAGUACCACGAUCUGGCCUUCCAGGUGAAGGAGGCCCACUUCAGAGCCCACCCCGACUGGAAGUGGUGCAACAAAGACCGCCGAAAGUCUCUGUCCGAGGGCCGCGGGACCCCGAAGGAGCUGCGUGAGAGGAGCAUCUCUGAGAGCAUAGAUGCCCUUUCAGAGUCUCAGGUGACGGAGGGGAAAGGAGCGGGCUCGGGCUGGCCGGGGGGGUCGGAGCGUCGAGGGGGGGCUCUGGGGGACCAGCACCCCCGUCCAAGAGCCUUUUCCCAAAGCGCCGUGCACACCCUGGAGCAGCGUGAGAGAGACCUGGAGAAGGAGGACGGGACGGGCUUGUUUCGAAACAGACCGCCGCCUCAGUCGCUGUGCCGGGGCGGAGCCAGCGAGGACGCCACCAGCGACGACGAGCGGAUGGUCAUCUGUGAGGAGGAAGGGGACGAUGAUGUCAUGG